UUGGGCCAUGAUGUGGACUCUCUUCCUCCCGCUUUUGCUGGCCGCCCAGGCCCUGGCCUGUGGGGUGCCGGCCUAUUCCCCACUCAGCAGAGUGGUCAACGGAGUGGACGCUGUGCCCUACAGCUGGCCCUGGCAGAUCUCCCUGCAGUACGAGAGCAACGGGGAAUAUUACCACACGUGUGGAGGCAGCCUCAUCGCCCCCGACUGGGUCAUGACCGCCGGGCACUGCAUCUCGUUUUCCCGCCGCUACAAAGUGGUCCUGGGCGAAUACGACCGGAGCAAAGACGAAGGUUCGGAGCAGCACAUUCCCAUCAACGCCGGCGACAUCCACGUCCAUCCCGGCUGGAACGGCAACUGCGUCUCGUGCGGGGAUGACAUUGCGCUGAUCAAGCUGUCCCGCAGCGCGGAGCUGAGCGACAAGGUGCAACUGGGGUGCCUCCCGCCCCACGGAGAGGUGCUCCCCAACGGCAGCCCCUGCUACGUCACCGGAUGGGGGCGCAUCUACACCGGGGGCCCCUUGCCCUCCAUCCUCCAGCAGGCCCUUUUGCCGGUGGUGGACCACGCGCACUGCUCACAGUCGGACUGGUGGGGCUCCACCGUGAAGGAGAGCAUGGUCUGCGCCGGAGGGGACAUCCGGGCCGGGUGCAACGGUGACUCUGGGGGACCCCUGAACUGCCAGGCGGCCGACGGCAGGUGGUACGUCCAUGGCAUCGCCAGCUUUGUCUCCGGCUUUGGCUGCAACACCUUGAAGAAGCCCACCGUCUUCACCCGGGUCUCAGCCUUCAAUGGCUGGAUCGAAGAGACAAUCCUCAGCCACUCGUGACCGAUUCCUCCUCCAUGAAAAGAUUAACGUCAUACGAAAGCAUCCUGAUUUUCAACUGGAAUAAUCAGAAAAAUAAAAAAAUUAUUGGUGGCUGAAA